UUGAGGGAAUUUUGGAGCCAAUAUUUCGUCAAAAUAUAAUCAUACAUGAAGUAUGCCUCCCUCAUGAAAUUAAAGUCUUUAAUCCUCAAAAAGACUUACCUAUUCCAAUUUCAACUUCGACGUCUCCACAACCGAAUUAUCCAACCAACUUUAACGUAACUUUUAUCCAAUUGAAAAUAUGGCUUGAAAGGGCUCAAGGCUUUUAUAUAGCUAGCAAAGAAUGGCGAAAGGUGUUUGAAGUUUCUUUUACUGUAAUGGCUAGUUGUGGGAUCUUGAAAUUUGAGAGUGGACCGAAAACAAAGUUGGUGGCUAUUUUUGACGAUCCAAAACAACUACCAUCGAAAGUUUUCGAAAUUCUCAACAAAGAAAGUUCAUUUAAUAACAGCCUAACUUAUUUAGAUACCGCACCGCAUCCGUUUGCUUUAUCGAUUGGGUAUGUUUCUCCUCUUUUAAUUGAGAAAUUGAAUUAUAAAAAACAACCUCAUGCUAUAUCAAUUAUGCAAUGUCAUCUCUUAAGUAAACAACGAACAUGCCUUACACCUGUUUAUGUCUCUGGACUAUUAAAAACGUCAGAAACGUCUUACAUUCAACAUUUUUCUGAUGACUCAAGGUCAAGUAAAAAGCGAAAACUAAGUUUUUUACUGGCUGAUGGAUUGGAUGAUGAAAUGGUCAACGAAGAAAAUAACGUAAAGAACGUAAUGAAUGUUAAGAACCUAUUAAUCCAAGAACCUUCACAAGAAAACGAUUCUUCAGUAACACAAAGAGACCAACUAAACACUCAUAUACAAAAUUCGUUUCAAGAAUGGGAAGAAAUUUACAAUGCUUCAGAUUCUUAUAUUGAAGAAGCUAUAUCAUACAGGGAGCGGGCGCUAAAUUGUUGGCAAUUAUGUGCUUCACUAGUCGAACGCGUCGACGGUGAAACACAGGUCUUGGAAAAAGAAUUGGAACGAUUUAUAGAUACAUGGAAUCUUCCAUUUGAUAUUUCUAACGCUAUAUUAUUAACACGCGGUGACAUUGCUUUAUCACACGGACAAUUGAAUGAAGCGAAUGCGUUCUAUCAUGAAAUAUGUUCUCGUAGUUCAGGUGCUUGGAGUAAACAUCGUAAAAAGGAAAAAUAUCGACAAUCAUUAUCAUCACUAUAUCCGAACGCACAAUCAAUACAAGAUAAUGAAUUCGAUUCUGAAGAAUCUUCAAUAAAAGAGCAAAUACCUUUACUACUACUUUUUCGAGUGUGUUAUUCUAUUUCUAUCCUUUACCUUGCGAUUGAUUGGUCGUUUCCAGCCUGCGCUGAAUUAUAUACAAUUUUGGUUGCGAUACCAUUUACCCCAAUCACACAAGAACAUUUUGAGAAAGAUGAUUGGCUUAUUAAUAAAAAAGAAGUAGAAAGCACCUUAUACAAUGGAGAAUGUAAACGCGAACGGUUUAAAUGGAUAGAGGCUACUCAAGAAGAUCUGAUGGUGAGAGCCAUUAAAGAGUUGAUGAGAUGUUAUGAAAAAGAGCUUAAUUCCGGAGUAAAAUCUUAUCCAUUGGACCACACUUUGGGUAAUAUAAUUGUUUUAUCACAAUGUGGUUGGCCAUAUUGGCGCGAUCGAAUUUUUUUACCAAUAGUCAUACCAUUAAUUAAAAAAUAUGGAGGAUUAAAUUACCCUGAUUUGCUGAGAUUUGUAAAUAAUGUUGACAUUCUUCGUGAACUCUUGGCAUUACAUCAUGAAUCACCGAAUCUCAACUUUACUUUUUGUCCAAUAUCAAAAGACGACCAAAUGGAUUCAACAAAUAUAUCAAUAAAAGCUUUAGAAAAUU